CCGAUCUAGGGUUUGUGCACCCUCCGCUUACGCGCCUCCCCACCAAGCAACUACCCAUGGCGGCUACAGGGCAGGAGGGGGAUGACGUCGACCACUACGAGGUACUCUGCCUCCCGUCGGGGGAGGAAGGCGCGGCGCUGACCAUCGAGCAUAUCGAGAAGGCCUACCGGACGCAGUCGCGGCUGCGCCACCCCGAUAAGCGCCCCGACGACCCCAACGCCACCGCCGACUUCCAGCUCCUCUCGAGUUCCUACAAACUCCUCCGCGACGAGUCCCUUCGCCGCCAGUUCGACGCGCGCCUCCGCGGCCGCCGCGAGGCCGCAGCCCGCGCCGCCGCCACGGGCGUUAAGCGCCGGAAGGCCGUCUCCGACCUCGAGGAGCGCGAGCGCGCCGCCGCCGCGGGCCACCCCGCCGAUCCCGAGGAGCUCGCCAAGCGCGAGGCCCAGCGGAUGGCCGCCGACAUUGAGCGCGAGCUCGCAGCGUUCCGCGCCGCCAAGCAGGCUUCUGCAUUUGGUGCCACAUCGACUUCGGCACAUGGAGAUAAGAAGGGUGGAACCCCACAGGAUGGGGUGAAAACGGACAAGGGAAAAAUCUUGAAGGUUUCAUGGGAUGGGAGUGCUGAUUCGUACAGUGCGGCAAAGUUGGAGGAGAUCUUCCAGAAAUUUGGCAAAGUUGAAGACAUUGUUAUCAAGACAAGGAAAUCAAGGAGUAAGGGCUCAGCAAUUGUAGUAAUGGGCUCCAAAGAAGCUGCAUUAUUAGCAAUACAGAACCAUUUCUCUCUGUUUCCGUUAAAUGUUGCUCCUGUUCAAGAAUCUGGUGGAUUAUCAACAAGACCAACAGAAACAUAUGAAUCAAGGACAAACAAUACUGAUGGAACUGGAUUUAACGAUUUGGAAGCGUCGGUGUUCCGUAAACUUCGAGAGGCCCAGAAAAGGAAACAUUUUGGUUAAUUGCUUUGUUCUGAUGCAUGAUUUGGUACUAUGUAUAUGACGUCACACAGCUGAAAAAUAUCUGAGGAUCGUGAUGGUAGCUGAGUUACAGAAAUAUGAACUACACAUUUGUUUAGUUCGAGUCUUGUCGCAGAUAAAAUUCUCUGAAUCAUAGCAACGUCAGAUCAAUUUUUCUGUCACUGUACAAGCUGUACCAUGUAUCUAUGAAUAGUUUGUAACCACAAAUUCAUGCAUGACAUGGCGCUACACAUCUUUUUGCUGGAAAUUGGGAACACAA